AUGGCUACAGCUACGUAUCCGCCGGCUCCUCCAUAUUACAGGCUCUACAAGGAUUACUUUGAAAACUCUAAUUCUGCUCUUGAACCUCCUCUUCCAAUUGAAGGAACUUAUGUUUGUUUUGGAGGCAAUUAUACUGUGAGAUUCCUACUUUACAUUUCCCCUUAUCACUCUUCCCAAUUUGUCAUCUUUGUGACUUAUAGUACUUUUCCCAUUUUGUUUUGUUUUGCAAACUGA